AAAAUAGACACCUACAAAAACGUCCAGUAAUUGGUUAAACCUUGUUAGGCAUCACAUGAAGAUGAUAACUCCUCCCAGGAAAAGACGUAGCAAAAGCAGCUUUGACAUGGAUUUAUACUUAGAAGAGCAGCUGCAGGCUUACUGGGAAGGAGCUCACAAGACAGGCUCUUCGACAGCUAGCAGAAAAGGAAAAAACAAAACAGCAUCAUUCUGCAGGGGAAAGGAAGGAAAUAAAAGUCAUAUUUUUUUUCUUCCUCAUGAUCUGCAAAUGAAUUCCAUGGAUUCUCAUCUUUGGAACAAUCACCAAUAGACAGAGAGCCUAAAAAUAUGGAGCUGGGAAAGGCAAAACUGUUGAGAACCGGCCUCAAUGCUUUAUACCAAGCCAUCCAUCCUGUGCACGGAAUUGCCUGGACAGACGGGAAGCAAGUGAUACUGACUGCUUUAUACUAUCAUAAUGGAGAGCUGAAGUUUGGAGACUCGAGUGUUGUCGGUCAAUUUGAACAUGUGCAUGGGCUUUACUGGGGCCCGUGUUGCUCUACAGAGGCCCCAGCUCUGCUUGCUGUUCAGCAUAAAAAGCAUGUUAGCGUUUGGCGGCUGGGCCACAGCACUGCGGAGAAAAACAAACCCUUGAUUUCUCAGACUUGUGAAAUCGGUGAGCCGUUCCCAUUGCUUUCCCAGGGCUGUGUGUGGCAUCCAAAAAAGGAGGUCUUGGCUGUCCUUACAAAAAGAGAUGCUUCAGUCUUGCACACUGUUCGAACGGACAAUACCAGAGUUAAGGCAGAUAUCAAAAGCAGCGGGCUUAUUCAUUGUGCUUGCUGGACUAAGGACGGUAAUCGCUUAGUAGUCGCUAUAGGCAGUGCCCUGCAUUCCUAUAUAUGGGAUGAUGCUCAAAAAACUCUAAAUGCCUGCUCCUUCUGCCCAGUCUUUGAUGUGGGAGGCUAUAUCUGUGCUAUAGAAGCCACACUGGAUUUCCAAAUUGCUGUAGCUACUGAGCUUCCUUUAGAUAAUAUCUGUGGUUUGAACGCGGGCAUUGCAUUUGACAUGCCAUCUGGUGCUGAAACUAGUUCUUUAACCUCACAGUCCACUACAGCACUUGGUGAUGAAGAAUACUCCAUGGACCUGCGAAGAAAGUCCACAGACUCUGAUAGAUCAGGCACUGUUGAUUCAGUAGCUUCUUCUUCAUCAGGUCCUUUGGAUUUAACCCACAUCCUUGCAAACCACCGUCGGUCUGAUCCCAGUCCUCUCAUUACUCUGAAACGCAAAGACUCUGCAGCAACAAAUGGUCAAGAUUCUUCUUACCUGAUCUUGGUGACUUUUGAAAGGAAGGUAACCACCACCAGAAAAGUCAACAUCCCAGGUAUUCUCGUUCCUGAUAUAAUGGCUUUUGACCUCAGAGCUCAGAUCGUGGCAGUAGCCUCUAAUACUUCUAACAUUGUUUUGGUGUAUUCAGUAACCUCUUCCUGCAUGCCCCAUAUUCAACAAAUCCAGCUGGAAAAAAAUGAAAGACCAAAAGGCUUAUGCUUUUUGACAGAUAAACUCCUAUUGAUAUUAAUUGGGAAGCAAAAGUGCCCUGAGUCGAAUCUCAUUCCAUCUUCAAGUUCGGACAGGUAUGUAAUGCGCUUGAUGAUCAAAGAACUGAUGCUGGAAGAAGAUGCUUCAACGCUGCCAGACACUAAGCAGCAUAUGCUUUAUAACUUUGUAUCGUCUGUGAACAUACCUGGAAAAAGAAAGUUCUUUGAAAACCUUGCCACAGAAGACCAACAUCAGAGCAGAGACCUGUUAAUACCAAGAAGUACAGUUAUUCAGUCUCCCAGCGGCAGGAGAAGACUCAUAGAAGAAGUGAAGAGCCCUAGUUAUGAGCAGAGCUCUUCAUCAAGUGUUAGUGACUUGGAUGAGAAAAAGCUCCCAGGUGACCCCUCUGUUGCCUUGGAAACUUUGGAUGCUGAACCUACCAAUCGUUCAAUGGCUCUUCUUGGUUUUGGAACGGCUACCAGGCUUUCCAGCAGACCGGCUUCUCCUAAAGUGCAGUUCAAUGUAAUUGAAGAAACAUCAAGUUCUCCAAAAAACAACAAUUUGCCAAGUGAAAGAGGCAUGAGUCACAUAUCUAGAAAUUUAGAGAGGCUCUGUGGCAGUUUCAAUGACUUACAACUGAGUCUUUCUGAAAUAACAGACUUGGCUAAAAAUGGGAGAAGGGUAUCUUUAGCCUACCCAAGUUCACAAGAACCACCGGUCAUUCAUAUCACUUACCAGAAAAAUUUUUCAAGUGGAGCAAUUACUGAAGAAACAAAGGAUGUUCUCCUCUGUGAUGGCAAGAUCCAUUUGAAUUUAGUCCAGCAGCUGUUUGACCUGACCAUUAUUGAAAUGAAAUUUGGCUCUUCUUGGAUCGUGCUCACUGCAGACAAGGAUGGCUUUGUGCCAUUAAUAUUCAAAGCAAGACAAGACGUGAUCAUAAGGGAUGGAACUGACAGUUCUGAAGUCUGCGGUCGUCACCCCUACAAAAAGGGCAGUUUAAUGCAGCCACCGAGCAGAGUGACAUAAGUGCUCACCAAGGAACACCAAUAAUCGUGGGGUUUUUUUUAACUAAAGCAAUACAGAGAUGUUCUGUGGUAUCAGACACUGAGUGAUUAGAAAGUUGUCUUCACUACUUUCAAUAUACUUGGACUAAAAUCUGUGGCACGGUCACACAGUAGCUGAGUCCCAGGGUUGACUACACCCUUACGAUUUCUUCAGAAUGAUCAGACCUAGAAUGGAGUUUGCCGCUGUUAUUGUUACUAACAAUGUUUUGUUAUUAAUGACUGCUGGCAGAAUGGAGCAGUGACAAGCCUCUAAUUGUGGUCAGGAUGUUCUGAAACAACAGUAUGCUAAAAAUCAUGCAGUAAAAACCAGCCAAACCAAUACAGCCUACACAAAAGCUGGAGAAAGUGCUACUAACGAGCAUUUAUGCUAAGGAAAAUUGCAUAAAGAGAAGGGAAAGCACUUCUUGGCUCUAUAUGGAGUUCCUAUGGGUCCCAUGGAAACCUGCAGCAUUUUCAGAAAUGCAUAACUCCAACAUGAAAAUGUUCAGCUACAAAUACGGCUGCGUCACUGUCUCCUGUCACUGUCUCACACUGCGUGGAGAUUUAUACACGCACACUGAAAAGAAAGGAAAAAGCACAACUUGACACGUAAAUUAGAGAUCAAAGACGUUGAGUGUAAAUGUCAUUUGGCUAAAUGCAGAUGUCUGUGCUGAACUUUCCAUCCAGGCACCUGUAUGAUCAGACAAAUAAAGGAAAGCAUUCCUAUAGCAGAUUAUUUGUGUCCUACCAUAGCUUCUAAUGCUGGUCUUUGUGAGCUAUCCCUAUUAAAUACGUAAUUAAGUGCCUAUUCCCUUCUACUGGCUGCAAAGCAAGCUGGUGUGACUGCUGUGAAUACAGACAUUCACAUUUAUUUGGAUGAACCUCACUCUGAGAACAGUUUCCAUUCAUUGAAAUAAGUAAUAUGUCCUUCUCAUGCAAAUGUCUUCCCAGAGACUAAGAGAUCAUCAUUCUAACAAGCCUGCAAGCUCAGGUGUGCGAUGUAGCUGGGUGUAUUUGUACUGCCAGCUUUCUCGGUGAUGGAAUGUACUUUGAAAAAGCACAGUGUAUUUGAACAACAUUCUUGAUCACAUUGAACAACAUCUUGAUCACAAUUGAAAGUGAUGAAAACGCUGGAGGAAGUGCAGAAGGGAUUCAUGCAAAGCAGAGGAUAAAUGUUCAGCUUUGGUUUGGAUGGAGAACAGAUGGAGAAUCAGUGAAGUAGAGAGAUAGAAGGCUGUUCUAUUAAGCACAAGCUGUACAGAAGAUUUUUGCACAAAUAAUGAACAAGGCACGUGGAAGUGCUUGGUCAAACAGAAGGCUGAUGAUCUGAUCAAUGCUUACAAAAAGCUGAAGGGCAGAAGUCAAGCAGAUGGGACCAGGCUCUGUUCAGUGGCCAAUGUCUGUUGGCCAAUCAGUGAUGCUGACUUUGCACAGUUAAAUAUUUCCUUGGUAUUCUUCACAACUACUAAAAAGUCAGAGUUCGCUGUAGGUGUAUGAAGUGAACCCUGCAAGACCCUCAAUCAAUUAGUUCCCCUUCUUCCUCUGCUAUUACUAAAGACCUGGGUACCCUUGAAUAAAGCUCCAGACUUGGUCUUCUUAGAGGUCUUUUCCAACUGUAAUGAUUCUCUGAUUCUAAGAUGCAACACUAAAUAAACAGUUUACCUAAUUUAUUCUUAAAAACCUCCACCAUAUAGUACUGGAUUGCUAAAAUGAAACACUUUGGUCCUUCAGGCUCAUGUGACCUAACUUCAAAGCAUGUGAAUUCAGGCAAGGUGAAUCUCAGAGGUUAUUCAGUAUCUCAUUUGAAGUGAUGAACUUAUUUCCUAUUGUCCCACACAGCAGAAAUGAGCUUCUGUAUUAGCAUUAGCUAUUAUAUAUGUUUAUAUAUGUUA